AUGGCGCUUUCCAUCUUUGUGCCAAUCGGCUAUAUUGCCACGCUGGUCGUGUCGAUGCUCGUGUUCUCGCGCAUCUACCGUCGGCGCUCGGCGCUCAACUUGGCCAAGGCGCACACGCCCUGGUUCACCGAGGGCAACGAGGCGCGCGACAUCUACCAGACGCUGGUGUCGGCGGACCCGGCGGUGCCCGAGGAGAUCCUCAAGGCCGCGCUGCUAAAUCGUGCCAUGGUCGACGUGCGCCGCAUCAUCCGCAUGCGCGACGACAAGCAGGCGCUCGGCGUGCUCCUCCAAAAGGGCAGCAUCGGCGACGAGACGAUGCAGCGGUUCGCCCUCGCCGAAAAGGAGCUCGAGGCCGAGAUCCUCGACGUCGUGUCUGAGGCCAACACGUUCCGCGAGGGAUGGGGCCAGCUCAUCUUUCCCACGGCGUCCGAGAUGGUGGCCCACCUCAAGCAUAAGGAGGUCUACUACGACAUCCAGAAGCAGAGGCAGGAUGAAGUCCGCAAGCUGCAGGAGGCCGGCAAGCCGAUCCCGGAGCCGACGGUCGAGCUGCCGCCGCUGAUCACGCCUCCCGGAACAACGAUCCAGAUCCAGGCACCUCCGGAGGGCACCAGCCCGGCGGCGGGUGCUCCCAACGGGCUCGGGCAGCUGCCACCAAACCUCCCACCCGCACAGGCCGCUGCCAUCAUGCAGGCGCGCGCCCAGCUCCAGGCGAUGCAGGAGCAGGCACAGGCGCAACAGGCAGCAUCGGCGGCGGCGGCAGCGGCCGCUCCGUCGUCGUCGUCGUCGGGAGACUCGGAGGCCAAGCAGGCGGGCGAGACGGCCAGCGCGGCAGAGGCCAAGGUCGAGAACGGAAGCGCCGCGCCGUCGCAGCCGGCCACGCCAAGCAAGGCCGUCACCGUCGAGGAUGCAGACGAGUAG